AUGCCCUUGGCAGGGCAGCUAAGUAGAUCAUAUGCUUCUCUGAAGUGCUGCAAGGAAGAAAAGGACCGAAUGCAGGAUGUGAUAGAUGAUCCAGAAAAUGACCUACAUGAGAUGGUGCAUGAAGCUGAUAUCGCUGGCACUGUGGCCAACCUUGGUGUAAAUCAAGCCCUGACCUCAGACUACAUGGACUCUGGUUAUGAGAGAGGGCUGCUCAAUCCCAGCUCGCUCAAUGAGAAGGAUUUCCAGAUGGCCACUUACACUCUCACAAACGCCGUCCCUCUGAGCCUGUCUCUGAGCAAAAGCUGGCACAGAGACAUUGGGACGGUAGUUGAGGAAGCUCUGGUCCCUCACUGCUCCAAGAAGGACCACCUGUAUCUCCUUGCAGGUGCAAUUCCUUCCAGUGUCCGAGUUAAAGGGAAGGUGUCAGUGCCAGAGACCCUCUGGCUGGCAGCCUGCUGUAAUGCUCCAGAUGGAUGGUCCCUGGGACUAGUGAAAAAAAUGAAUGAUGAAAACAGCUUGGUGGACCUCACGGUGAGAGAGCUGGAGAAGCAGCUUCUAGCAGGAGUUCAUCUGUUCAAGGGCAACUGUGGGAAAGACAACCAAAGCCAGGGGAAAACAGAAGCAAUACUGCAAGCUGUCAGUCAGAUCCGUUCCAGAGAGCAAGUAGGAAGUAGUGACAACCAGGAGGCCAAAGGCAGUGGCUUGGUGAGAAGACUGGCUGGCAUCAUUGCUACACCUUUCAUCAAACUUCUGGAACUCCUCAUCUACGUCUUUGUGGAGCUGGUGAAAUUUGCAUUUUAUUUUCUGUGGCUUGUUAUCAAGCGGGUUGGUGGUACAGUUCUGGAUGGAGUCUACAGCCUGUGCAGCGGGGUGGUGUCCUACCUUAAAGCCAUCAGCAUGGUGCUCAUCAGCAUCCCCUAUGAUCUGGGGAGGGUCAUCGUCAACAUCUGCCUGGGCUUCCUGCAAAUUGUUCAAGAUGUGGUAUUCCUCACCUACCGGAUCCUGUGCAUCCCCUUGGGGUUUGCCCUUCACCUCGUUGCUUUCCCUUACCACUCCAUCUGUGCCAUUCCCUCUGUCCUAAAAGACAUGGCUGCUGGGAUUGGAGGCACCUUCUCACUAGUCAUCGAUGCCACAGCUGCAGUCCUGCAUGGCUUUUACUACCUGGCUGGUCACAUAGUCAAACGGUUUGUCCCUAAAGGCUCCUCUGAUGACUGA